AUGAAAGACUAUUAUAUGAAUCUCAAGGGCAAAAUUCUUGUCCACAUCAUGGGAACGCUUAAACUUUUUCAUGAGUUUAUCAACGAGCCACUACAAUGGUGUGAUGUUCGUUUCGACAAUUUAGGACUGUCGGCUGAUUAUCCGAAACGAUUCGUGUUGAUGGACGGUGAUAUGGUUUAUACGGAGUCAAGACUACGCGCCACACUUCAUGAACGCCCUUGUACAGUUGAUGCAGAUUGUACGAUCGGAGAUUGCACUGCGAGGUGCACUUCUGAUAUGACGUGCGGCGACAGGGCAAACACCAAUCUAGAGGUAUUUUGUGAGAAAUUGGUUCAUAAGCUAUUUGCUCGUACCAAGUCCACGCUCAAUAAGUAUCUCGCAGCGUGUCAGGAGACAAACGGAAACAUUACUCAGCGAAUGAACGAGCUUCGCCUUACUUGGUCGUGGAACCUGUCGAAUGUGUAA